AUGGCAUCCAAGAUAAUUGUCCUUGGUGACAUUAAUGGUCAAAUACGACAUGCCUUUACAAAAUUAACGUCGUUACAGCUCAAGAACAACUUUUGUCUUGCUAUCGUGGCUGGAAACCUAUUCGCAGGAGCUGAAGACACAGAAGCCGACGACACAGUUACAAACCUCAUUUCAGGAAAGAUACCCAUACCAUUGCCUACAUAUUUCACUGUCGGAUCAUCACCUCUGCCAGCAAGGAUCAUUGAGAAAAUCGAGAAAGAUGAGGAGAUAUGUCCAAACCUACACUACCUCGCGAAAAGGAGUACUACAAAGACAUCCGAAGGAAUAAAAAUAGUUGCGCUCGGCGGACAACUUGAUGAGAACAUAAUUGGAGGGUUGUCUAAGGAAUCGUAUCUACCGUUCCAUACCAUUGGGGAUGCAAAGGCUCUCCACGGAGCGCACACGACGGAUAUCCUUCUGACAACACUUUGGCCCAAAUCGAUUCGGGCAGGUUCUAAAGUUCAGAUUCCCGAUGACGCAAAAGAUCCUAUCGCUAGAGACCAUAUCGCAGAUCUUUGCGCAGCUUUAAAACCUCGAUACCAUUUUUCUGUGUCUCCAGAUCACUUUUUUGAGCGAGAACCCUUCUUUCACACCCCAACGCCAGAUGCUCCCGAUGUUCGACCUCUUACUCGAUUCAUAUCUUUGGCUCCCCAUGGAAAUCCAAAGAAGCAGAAAGCUUUAUAUGCGUUCACGUUACAACCGACAAUUGAUCCACUUGCACCGUUGCCCGUUGGUACCACUGCAUCACCAUUUGUAACUCGACCAAACGAAAGGAAACGAGCAGCCCUCGAAUCGGAUCCUUAUUCUAGAUAUGGUGGUGGAAAUGAUUAUAAACGCGGCCGAGGACGCAAAGGUCAAAGACAACCACCUCCAGGACCUGGCGAAUGUUUCUUCUGCCUUUCGAAUCCAAAUCUGGCUACUCAUCUCAUCUCCUCGAUUGGUGAUGAGGCAUAUUUGACAAUUGCGAAAGGUCCUCUAACUACAGCUACCACCAAUGCUUCUUUAGGCAUCGACUUCCCUGCACACGCUCUGAUUAUCCCAUUGACACAUUCUCCCACACUGGCUUCAAUUCCCGAUGAGGAAUCCCAACGAAAAACUUAUACUGAAAUGAACAGAUUCAAAGAAUCAUUACAAAAGAUGAUUGCGCAACGCAGUGAUAAUAAACUCGGUGCUGUCACAUACGAAAUCAGCAAAGGAAAUGGCGUACACACACACUGGCAAUUCAUCCCGAUGCCUACCGAAACCAUCCAAAGGGGUCUCGUCGAAGCCGCCUUCCGUGUCGAAGCCGAAAACCUCAAUUACCCUCCUUUUGAGGUCCGAGAUCCAGAAAUUGGCCAAAAUGAAGGGGAUUUUUUCCGUGUUUGGAUCUGGACACCUCCUACUGAAGAAUCACCGGAAGGAAGUACGAAAUGUAUUACGAUGCCAUUUGACUGGAAUGUUCGCUUCAAUCUUCAAUUCGGACGAACGGUUCUAGCUAAAUUGUUGAGUUUGGAGAAGAGAUAUCAGUGGAGGGAUUGUGCUCAAACGGAAGAUGAGGAGAAGAACGACGCAGAGUCUUUCAAGGCGGCUUUCAAGGAGUUUGACUUCUCGCUUUGA